CUAAUUUAUCAAUGAUUUCGAAAUCUUACACACAAAUAAUGCCAAAUAGUGAAAUUACUAAUCCAAAUCUUCCCAAGUCUGCUAAUAAGACUAAGGUUAAUAAGAAGAAUGCCUUGAUGCUUAAAAAUGUCCAAAUUUCAGAGAAAAAGGUUGCCCUGCAGGACUGUUACAUUAUGAAAAAGACAAGGCUGAUCAGAGUGAAGACUCCCGAGGAAGUUAAAUUUCUGGAAUCCCAAUUUGAAAAAGACCCAGAAUGGAGCAGGAAGACAGUACAAUACUGCAAGGAAGUUCUUAAUCUUGGCACCACUCAGAUUUAUAAGUGGGGCUUCGAUAAAAAGCUCUCUGCUGAAAGAAGGAAAAAGAAGUUGUUGAAGCUAAACAAGUCAAAGAAUAGACCUAGGAAAAGAAAGGAUGAUACUAAGAAGCCAAUGCUUAAAUGCCCUCGUAUCUCUGAGGCUGGAGAGUUAAGCUCCAACAUGUCUUCUGGAUUAGCAGUUAGCCGCAUUGAUUACAACUUGGAGGUUGAGAAACUAGUUUCUGAGCAAACCGAUUAUGACAUGUUUUGUGAUAAUAGAAGGUCUGACGGAUCAGACAACAGUAACCGGAAAGAAUUACAGCACAUUUUGAGCACAAGGUUACCUGCUCAGAAAGAAAAGAGAGCAGAGAAGCUUCAACUAAUACAGAAGUCUAGUACUAACACAGGGACUUCAACAGUGCGGGAUACUUGGCUUGAUGAGAUCUGGGAUGAAUCUUUUGACGCCGACCAAUAUUUGAGCUCUUCAUCAGAUUUAUAUAAAGAAGCACCUUUCCUAAUGGAGCCUGAUUUCGAGAAGAAGGAACUUCCUUUGAUGAAAACUGUUUCAAUUCCAAAGACCUUGACUGAAGUUAACGAGCCAUGUUUCAAGGACCUCUUCAAGAUGGCUUAAAUAAUUUGAGUUAGUAGCCCAGAACCACAGAUGGGCUUCCUCAAAAUGUGAAUAAUAACUAAUUGUAUAUAUGUUCAAAACUAAUCAAAUCCUCGGGCUUAAUCAGGGUACUUUAUAGCUAGUCAGGAGUAGGUCUUGCUUGCAUCAAGACCAACAAUUUAGCAAGAAUUUCUUUCAAACUUUAACAAAUCAGAAUUCUUUAAGUGAAUUAUUCUGAAACUAUUCUGGUUAUGAUCUCUACUCUUUUUGGAUCAAUUCCGUCAUAUUAGUCCCAUCCAUAUUGAAACAUGCGAGUUCACUAGGGAUCAUUUCAUGUCGGCCGUUACUCGCGAUUUCUGAUCUGAUCGCUCAUCAGUACUUCAAUUACGUCUGUUACAUAAGAUAAUUUA